GGGAUGGGGGAUGAUGGGAGGCGGUGGUGGAGGUUGGGGAGGAGGAGAGGAGGAGGAAGAAAAGGGAGAUUUAGGAAUUGAGGGAUUGCUGCCGUACAUUGGAUUACUGGGACUCAAGGGCUUAAAAGGAUUGAAGGGGCUGAAACUUCUGCUGCCACUGCUGCCAAUCCUUUUGCCACUGUUACUGCCACUCCUGCUGCCAAUUUUACUCCCCCUUUUGCUCGGACCUUUGUUAAAGCUUCUUUUACUUUUAUUCAUCCCAAUUCCAGUCAUAACCACGGGACGAGGUCGAGAUUUCAAAAAUGCUACACUCGCAGAUUACACGGACCACUGGGACAUUCAAAAAGUCCGACUUAUCCCAAAGUUGACAUAUGAUAUUUUGCAAAGUGAGGAAUGUGUUAAGCGAAUGUCGUGUGAAAUUUCACUCAUAGGAAAACGUCACAAGGCGGACAAGUGGGUCGAAAAACUUGUAGACCAAAUUCCUGAUAGCGUUGGUCAUUACAAGAGUAGUAUUAAGGAAGGAAUUAAACAAUCCGGUGUGGGAGGAGAUCGUGACAAAAUCAAGAAUAGCACACUGGACAGUAAAGCAUGUUCAAAACUACCAUGCACUCCAUUAGCCAAGUUGUAUGGCGAUUUAAUGUAGCUUCAUAGAAGCAUGUACAUCAUUGAGAAAGACAUUGACUUUUCUGGACUAAUUACAAUGACGAGCGACGGACCGACGCUGACUUUGACAUUAUCACACAACUGACUGACUUACUGACUUGACAAUUGACAGGGAUCAUACUCGACUCACGAAUUACUGACGACAAGAUGUGACACACAGACUGCUCAAGUCACGACGUAAUUCUCAAAUUACUGCAUGGCUGUCGGGGCUUACAUGGACGUGGACUACAUACAUGGACGUUGCAGUUACAAGGCAAUUUUACUUGACGAAUUCGACACAUAUGACCAUAAUGAGACGCUAUUUAUUAUCAAUACUGUUUUGAUUUGUUGUGUAGGCAAAAAUUUCUAAAAAUAAAUUUAAAUUAUUUUUGAAGUAAGA